UUUUCCUGGCUUCUGUCCAGCCUGUAAUCUUUCCCACAUGUUCUUUUUUUUGGUUUUCCUUCUUUCACUCCCCAUAAAAGCUCACAGUUUCCUUACCUCCCUCCAUCCUCACACAACCCCCUUCUCCACUUCGCCACACACAGUCCUUGCACUGCUUCAAAACACACACACAUACACACACCUCUGCAUGGACACUGUGCUCUGGUCUUCAACGCAGCAAAACAAAGCCAGGCUGUAGGCAUCAUACUUUGCAAGAUGAAGAACAAGGGAUACGUCAUUGCUAGGUUUAGUGUCUUCCAACCAUGGCAGCUGAGAAAGUGGGACCUCGUGGUGCUCCUUUAUGCCGCAGUGUGCUGCUCGGUGAUCUCCACUGUGAAUGGAUGUAAUAAAGCCCUCUGUGCAAGUGAUGUCAGCAAAUGUCUCUUACAGGAGCUCUGCCAAUGCCAGAUGAAGGAUGGAAACUGUCCUUGUUGUCAGGACUGUGCGCUGUGCCUGGACAGCCUGUGGGAGCAGUGUUGUGACUGCGUUGGAUUAUGCACUGAGGAUAAGAAAGGUCGGAGGCAUUCGGCUCGAAGGAGUUCACUGGAGGAGCUCCCUGUCCCUGUCCCCUCCCUGUUCCGAGCUCUCAGUGGGGUCCAGGAAGGAGAAUUCCGCCAUGGGUGGAGUUCUCACUCACUGCCAGUGUCUGAAGAACUUGGUCAAAAAUCACACACGGACCACAUCCUUCUUGGGGAUCAUUCAGUUGUGGCUACUCCCACUAUGGUGAAUAUGUCUGCUGUCUGCACAGUGAUGUACUUUAACCCCUGCAUGUCUAUGAGACGUUGCCACCAGUCCUGUGAAUCUGUUGGGUCCCCAAGGUAUCGAUGGUUUCACAACGGCUGCUGUCAGUGUGUGGGACCUGACUGCUAUGGAUAUGGGAGCAAAGAAGCAAUGUGCCAGCAGUGCCGCCCGUAGAGUCAGAAGCGAUGGAGCAAUAUUAUUAACAAUCAAUUAAAAAAAAUAUGGAAACACUGGUUAGGGGGGU